AUGAACAAAGGAGUAGUAAGAUCAUCCAAAUUUCGGCACGUUUUUGGGAAAACGCUAAGAAAGGAGGACCAUUAUGAAAACAUUCAGUCCAAUGUUAGCGCACAGGAUUCGAAUCUCUGUGAUGCAAACGCAAAGUACUUCGCUGUGCCGUGGAGGGGCGGCGGCGGUCCAUUUGUUGUCUGGCCAUUGAACAAGCCAGGACGAUUGCCACAGAACGUGCCCCUCGUUGCUGGUCAUGGUGCUCAAGUUACGGAUUUGCACUUCUCUCCUUUCCAUCAAGAGUGUAUAGCGUCGGCUUCAGACGAUACUACCGCCAAGAUCUGGAAGUUCCCUGAGGACGGGCCAACAAAGACGAUAGAGGAAGCGCAGAUGACGCUAGCGGGGCACUACAAGAAGAUCAUUCUCGUGCGCUGGAACUCUGUCGCUGACAACGUCCUGGCAACCAUUUCGUACGAUAACUCGAUCAAGAUUUGGGAUGUCAAUGCUGGAAAAGCUAUGAAUACCUGUGAAGACCACCCCGAUGCAAUUCACGCAUUCGACUGGAAUUACAAUGGGAGCUUGUACGGCACAUACUGCAAGGAUAAGAUGGCAAGAAUUAUCGAUCCUCGUGCGAACCGUGUGGUAACCAAAUACAACGGCCAUCAGGGUUUGAAAGGUGCUAGGUUCACUUUCCUUGGAGACAGGCCAAUGUUUGCCACCAUCGGAUUCUCUAAGCAGAGUGAGAGGCAGAUCUUCUUUUGGGAUCAGCGAAGCCCAGACUCACCGCUCACAGAGGUCCAGCUGGACAUUGCUUCAGGCUCCUUGCUUCCUAUCUUCGAUCCCGACACGAACAUGUUGUUCUUGGCGGGUAAAGGUGACACCACCAUUCGGUACUUCGAGAUUGAAGACACUGAACCAUAUCAACACUUUGUGAAUCAAUUCCAAGCCAAGGAACCUCAACGCGGAGUCGCAGUCAUAAGCAAGCGAGCCGUUGAUGUCGCCAACAAUGAAAUCAUCAGAGUGCUCAGGCUGACACAGAAUAGCAUGGAGCCAGUUUGCUUUGAAGUUCCACGGAAAGGAGAACACUUUCAUCUCGAUCUUUAUCCGGAUACUUUUGCUGGCAAGCCCUCACUUACUUCGAAGGAUUGGUUCAGUGGCAAGAAUGCUGCUCCGAUGUUAAUGAGCAUGGAUCCUAAAGAGAACGGAAUUAUCCGACCCGUUGUGCAUGGGGAGAGCAUCUCAGUCGCUGAGCCACAGAAGGUAACACCAGCACCCGCUUCUGCUCCUCUUGCCCCAUCGAACCAUCACGCCACCCACGCCACAUCCUCUGGGCCCUCAGUCUCCGACACCAACAACGUCAACCACGCUAAGGUCGCACAGCUUGAGACGCGGGUGAAAGAAUUAGAGGAGGAGAACCGGCACUUGAAGAUGCAGGCCGAGCUUGCUGACAAACACAAAGCCGAAAUCCGCUCUUACAAGUCAACCAUCGAAAAAUUGGAAGCGGAUAAAGUGAGAUUGGAGAAGAUUUUAGAAAAGAUGGGAUAA